AUGGCUAAGGCAGAUAUCAGUCGUAGAUGGUCUCUUCAAGGAAUGACUGCUCUUGUCACUGGUGGAACCAAAGGAAUGGGGUAUGCUAUUGUGGAGGAAUUGUCGGGGCUAGGGGCAUCUGUACAUACUUGUGCUCGAAACCAAAACCAGCUCAAUGACUGCUUGAAUCAAUGGAAGACCAAGGGUUUUCAUCAAGUCACUGGUUCCGUUUGUGAUCUGUCAUCAAGAGCCCAACGACAUGAGCUCAUAAACGAAGUCUCAUCACAGUUUAACGGAAAACUUAAUAUCCUUAUAAACAAUGUGGGAACUACAGAAGCAAAAGCAACACUCGAUUGCACAGCAGAAGAUUUCGCAUUUGUUACGAGUACCAAUCUUGAAUCCUCUUACCAUUUGUCCCAACUCGCACAUCCUCUUUUGAAAGCUGCAGGAGCUGGUAACAUUGUUUUUAUCUCUUCUGUUGCUGGAUCGGUCUCAGUUGCAGGGAUUGGAAGCAUAUAUGCUGCCACCAAAGGUGCAGUAAACCAAUUGGCAAGAUCCUUUGCUUGUGAGUGGGGCAAAGAUAACAUAAGGGUCAACAGCGUUGCACCUUGGUUCAUCAAAACAUCCCUUUCUGCAGAUUUUCUGAAUAAUGAACAAUUUUCGAAUGCUGUCAACUCUCGAACCCCGUUAGGACGGCCGGGAGAGCCGGAAGAGGUAGCAGCCCUGGUGUCAUUUCUAUGCCUCCCAGCGGCUUCUUACAUAACUGGGCAGACUAUUUGCAUUGACGGGGGUAUGACCGUCAAUGGUUUCCUCUUCCAAGGAUAAU